AUGGAUCCCCUCGAGGCCCGGCAGCUGAUACCAGCAACGUCUGGCAACGACGACGAAGGGAGGACCUCACGGGCACGCCUCUGUCAGGCCGUCAACUUACCUGCUAAUGGCGCUGUGGUCAUGUCCAAUGGCGAGGUCAUCAACUUGACAGCCCCGGCUGCCUUUAAACCUGCAUGUGCGUCUACCACCACGCCCGCUAUCAUCGCUGGUGGUACCAGUGGCAGUGGCAUCACUGGGGCGGGCGUUGAUGACGCGGCUCAGGUCGGUCCACAGUUUUCUGACCUGAGCGAUCCAUUCUACGCAUCAACUUUCCCGCAAUGUUACGCGCUCGCCGCUACUACCGUCAUUUCAUACACACUGGUAAUAAUGUUGGUUAUUACCCCUCGAUCUUUCUUGGACGGCGGAAUUGUUGUGCUUGGGCGUAGAGGCUUCACAAGUGGUGGUUCUGGGCACGGAAUCAUCGGUGGGCGCCCCUGGCUGCAAAAGAUUGCGGCCCUCACCGUUGCCAUAUCCCUCACCAUUGCUACCGCCGAUACUUUUAAAGUGGCGGAACAGCAGUACGCUUUUGGCCUGCAAAAUGCCCGCGAGCUUCAGGACAAGGUUCUCAACGGCACCGAACUCAAGAUCAUCCGUAUAAUUUCGGACACAUUCUUGUGGCUCGCCCAAGCCCAGACCUUGAUUCGCUUAUUUCCCCGACAAAGAGAAAAGGUUAUUAUCAAGUGGACUGCGUUUGCACUCAUCACGUUUGACUUGAUAUUUGAUUCUCUCAACAGUUUUCAGUUCUCUGGCCCGGGAAACUCGAGGCCUGGCAGCUUCACCGACGCGAUUCCUGCGCUUAGCUACCUGUUUCAGCUCGCUCUAGGCGUUCUGUAUGCCGCAUGGGUGAUUUAUUAUUCUUUGAUGAAAAAGAAGUACGCCUACUAUCAUCCCCAGAUGAAGAACAUAUGUUUCGUUGCGGGGCUUUCACUCCUCAGUAUCCUUGUUCCUGUUGUUUUCUUCAUCUUGGAUAUCUCAAAGCCAGAAUUCACUGGCUGGGGUGACUAUGUACGGUGGGUAGGAGCGGCGGCGGCGAGUGUUAUUGUUUGGGAGUGGGUUGAGCGCAUCGAGGCGUUGGAAAGGGAAGAGAAGCGAAACGGGAUCCUGGGUAGAGAAGUCUUUGACGGCGAUGAGAUGCUGGAGACGGACUCAGAUGCGACAUGGCCUCGAAGAAGUCGGGUAACGAAAAGCUCUCGCGGCGACGGCGAUGACGACGACGAUGAUGGGGAGGGUGGUCGUCGUAUUGCCGUUGGUGAUGGCACCGGUCGUCGACGGGCCAGAAGGGCCAACAAGUCGAAUGAUAGAUUUGCAGCUGACUCCAGCCCUGGAAGGAAUCAUACACAACUGUGGACAUCAAUCACCAAUCGAUACAGGUCACGGCCAAACAAUGGAGCCGGCGUAUCUGCGGUGGAGAAGGACAACACGCGUCAAACAUCUAAGAAUGUCAGGCCAGCGGCCGCAAGAUUUCUUCAGCCCCCUUUGUGGCCAGCAAGACCACCACCUGCGGCCACACCUGUCAGCAGGACCGAUACUGCGAGCGCAGAUAGCACCGUGUACGCAAUUAGAUAUCAUCCACUAAGCGACGUGCACUCGAGAACGACCACGCGGCCGACACCACCGCCGCAGCUUUCCACAGACCGCCAGCCUGCAGUGGGAGACCUCUCCAGCUCACCUACAGCCGUCGAAGAUGGCAGAUCUCAUGAUCAACCUUUGGGGCCUCAGUCCGCCUCACCACCACCACCACCACGAGACCAGCAGUCGCCGGGCCCACAAAACCUCGCGGGACUUAGCAGAGAGGAGACUAGACGGGAACGAAGGCAAAGUUUGGCUACGACUUCGAGGACAGGAACCCGGGUCGGGGCGGACUCGGAAGAUCCAUCGGCAUCAUCCCAGCAAGGCGGAGAAAGCAGCCGUGGCUCAGAAAAUACGGCAGCAAAAGGAUGGCGUGCUUUGGCUCAAACGUUACCGUUCCGUGGCGGGAGCGUACGUUCGACUGAGGACUCAUCUGAUAGCCAAUCAACCGCCAGCAAAUCUCGAUCCAAACUGCAGGUAUCACGAGAAGGAAAAUCCGAUAGGUGGGACAUACGGAAUCGUAUGGAAGAUUUUGCAGUCACUCAAGCAGAGAAGAUUCGGGAGAGGAUUCGGCCGACACCAGACACGGACAGCCUUCCGGUUACAGUGAUUCCUGCCCCGGCGAGGCGAGGAGCAGCGCUGGCCCAGCUCCUCGAGGAGGACGAAUCGCGACAGGGUUCGGGGCGGAAUCGGCCUGAAGAUGACGAAAGACCGAUUCUUGGGUCGCCGACUCUGCCAAGAAGCUCUGGGCAAAGACGAAACAGUAUGGGACCAGAGCCUUCAUCGAAUGAUGAUCUAUCAGAUUCACACAUCCCGCCCCCGGCAGUGGUGCGGGCUGCCUCUCGAGCCAACAUAAGUCGAUCGACUACUAGAGAUCGACCACCUGAGUCUUGA